UUCCGUCCCUAAUAAAUAGAAUUUUCACAUUGUGUCGUGGACAAAGAAGAAAGGAGAAAGCAGUAACAAGUGAACGAGAAGAAAGUGAAAUGGCGAAGGGAAACAACACAUCGCAAGGGAGGAAGAGAGUGGACGCCGUUGAUUCUCGAUCUGCGUCGGUUCUUGUUCGCGCCAAGGAUGGCAGCGCUUUCGCCAAAUGCGAUGAAUGCAAGAAGGAUGUUCCUGUUGCCCUCAUCAGCAUGCAUAGUUGCAGCCUCGAAGCCAAAAUCAAAAUGAAUCUCGAGGCACAAGUUGUGGAACAGGCUUCGGAAGUGAAGAAACCAGAGAGGAAGAAGCCGAAAUCUAAUGAACCAAAGGCUAAAAGACCGAAAGUUGAGAAGACGAAGAAGGUGAAAGAUCCAAAUGCGCCAAAGCGUCCUCCCACAGCUUUCUUUCUCUUCAUGGAUGAUUUUAGAAAAUCUUUUAAGGAGGCAAAUCCUGAUUCAAAGGAUGUUAAGAGGGUUAGUAAAGAGGCUGGUGAGAAAUGGAGGUCCAUGACUGAUGAAGAGAAGAAGCCUUAUUCCGAUAAAGUUGUUGAGCUUAAAGCAGAAUACGAGAAGGCUUUGAAAAGUUAUAAUGAUGCUGAAGCAGAAGGAGAAGAGGGAGAAGGAGAGCACGAAGAGGGGGCUGAUGAAAAAUCUGAUAAGGAAGAUGCUGCUGGUGAAGACGAGGAGUUGACUGAUGAGGAGUAAAGUCAACUGGUUUCUAUGCACAAGAGCUUAAUUGUUUCUAGUGUAGUGUUGUAAAUUUUUGGAUGCAUUUUAUUCAUGGUUUCAUCAUUUAGGUGUUAAUACUCUUCAACUGCCUUUCAAGUCGCACUGCAACAUCUUUUUGUAUUGUCGUCUUGGAAUAUAAUUCAAUGGCACUUGAUUAAUACUUAUUCCAUUGUUCUAUCCAA